CCUCACCACAAUUCCCAAGAAAAAAAGGCCAAAAACGAAAGCAUCAUAACAAUAAUAAUAAUUAAAAAAAGACACUUCCGUCAUUCUUCGGUCUUCACUGGACCUGGAGAAAUCAUUUCCCUUUGUGUGUGUACCACUGACCGUCUCAAAACAGGAAACAACGACGCUCACUACUCUCUCUUCUCUUCUUCGCUCACUCUCUCCCAACUCGCUUUCUGACUACUGCCCUCCCCCUCAAAUGGGCGAUUCCGCUCGCCGUCGCUCAAUCACUGUCAAGUCUCGCCAGAGAUCUUGGUGUUGCUCCUUCGCCGUACCGCCUGCCAGCCCCGAAAACCUCAAGACCCGGUGCCCGAAACCCGUCUCGGUUCCCAAACCCUGUCCCGAUUCCCUCCCCCAUGCAUCCCCGCAGAGCUCCAAAUCGGGGUUGAACAUGAACCUCGUGAAUCGGAUCGACCCGCGUCGGAUCUUGUCACCGGGUCGAGUCUCGCCUAUUGACUCGGAUCUGACCGUUGGGUCAAUGCUGGAACUUGGGCCAAGUCAAACCCAGUCUCCGGCUGCCGAUAUAACAGUGCCCAGAUCGAGAUCGGGCUCAUUCAGGGCCCCGAACGAGGGCGCUUGCUCGAACUCAUCAAGUUCGGAAAAUCGGUCCGGGUCGGGUUCAGGCUCUGUAGAUGGGGAUUUGUAUGACUUGAGGUUGAAAUUGAAGGGGAGACAUGGCGGGUGUUUGGUUUUAGAGAUGAACUCAGGGGUUUUGUGCUCGAAUUCGGUAGUUUUCGCGGAUUUAAUUCAGGAGUUUAAUAAGAAGAAUAAUAAAAAUGAUAAAAAUAAAGACAAUGGUAGGCUUUUUGAAAAAACGAGAACUGUUUGUAGGAUUGAAGUGCCAGAUGUGGAGAAUUUGGGGGUGUUUAGGCAAACGAUUGAGCUCAUGUUUGAGGACAAUGAGAAUCUCAUUAAGAGAUUAUUGAAGAUUGGAGUUUAUAGAUGUAUUGACAUACUUGAGGUAUCGGCUGGAAUCAUGUUUACUAAAGGUGUUUCGGCCUGUCUAAAUUACCUUGAGGCUGUUCCUUGGAAUGAGGAAGAAGAGGAAAAAUUGAGGAGCCUCUUUACAAGAUUCAAGUUUGAUGAGGUAACAACUAGAGACAUUUUGGCCAGACUAUAUUUGCAUGAUGCUGGAGACUCCCAACGAAAUUUAGCCCAGCAGCUUGUUUGGUCCAUCACGACAUGCUCUGAUGCUAAUGCUAGAAAUGAGCUGAAGUCAUUAGUCAAGGGUAUCCUGUGCAGAAGCUCAGUUUACGAGAAGGACCAACCUGACCUAAACAGGGAGGAUUUCUAUGCCAUUUGUCAGUCCUGUCUGGGUUCACUAGUGAACCUAUUUGAUGAGGCUGCUGGCACUUACCCCCAGGAGAAAGUGGCAAAAGAAGGGAAGAAUAAGCCUUUGAUUGAGCGCAUCUCUAGACAGGUUGAUAAUAUCAAUUGGCUAUUAGAGAUCCUGCUAGAACGGCAGAUGGGAGAAGAAUUUGUAGAUUUGUGGGCAGAUCAAGGAAAACUACUUAAAUUGCACGAGAAUGCAUCUCCAAUGAUUAGAUAUGAACUCAGCCGGGUUUCAGCAAAUUUGUUUAUUGCAAUGGGGACACGGAAACUGCACUGCCCGGCGGAAGCAAGAUCAGCGCUUUUUCAAGCAUGGUUUGGCCCUAUGCUAUCAGACUUUGGUUGGCUGCAGAGACGCAAAAAAGGGCUCGAAAUGAAGACGCUAGAGGAAGCCAUGGGUCAGACACUCCUUACACUUCCACUGAAGCAGCAGUAUGUGUUGUUUAUGGAAUGGUUCCGGUGUUUCUCCAAGCAUGGUACUGAAUGCCCCAACCUGAGCAAAUCCUUCCAGAUUUGGUGGCGAAGAUCAUUUUUACGAGUCUCUGAAACCAACAGCUUUGAAUCAAGGUAAUCUUCAGUGUUCAUCAUAAUUGUACUUGUGUUGUGUGUAAAGUCCCACUGACAUAGAUUGGAGAGAUUGUGAAACAUAAGGUUGAGACAAUAAUGUAGAUCAACUAUGUAGAAUUGUUGUAAGAACUAUUAAGGCCUAAAAAUGGCAUUGAUUUUCAGUUUGA